CUCUUCCUGUGUUGUUCAAUUACAGUGUUUGUGUGUGUGUGUGUGAAAGCACACAGAGGCACGCACUUCUGGAACCAGAGGAGUCUGUUGCUUCAGAAGGGACAGAAAGAAAGAGAGAUCACUCCUUGGAUUUAUAUUUGUAACAAAGGACACAAUUUCCUGACCCACCAACAGAAAUCCAACUAAAGCUGUGCUGGCAAGGAGAAAACUUGAUUAUCUGGAUUGCCCAGGAGUUAUUACACAUGCUUACAUGCUGCAUACCGACUAAGAAUGCAAGAUUCUAGCAGCUUAUUCUUUCCAGACAAGGUAAAUGUGGUAACGCUGCUUUGUUGCUUUGCUGGAUAAAAGGUGGAUUACUUUCAAUUUAGCAACAACCAUGCCUUACAACGGUGGAUUUUGAGGAAGCAAUAAAAGUGCUGUCUGCAUGGGAGCAGACGUUUAUUGCUGUACAUUUGCAACGUGCUGUUAACCUCACUGGGAAAAAAAGGACAGAAAGGAAUGCCUUGCAAGUGAUGUGCCAAGCUCUCAGAAAGAUCCCUGUUCCACCUCACACCUCUGAAGGACAAAGGGAAGUACUUUAGAGUCUGCAGAAAGGCACAUGAAUUCUACAAAGGAUUUCUGAUUCCCGACUCAACCCUAAAUACAAACAAGAAAACCCUGUAAACUUCCUCAGCUUAACAGGAACUCUGCUAUAAUGGUAAGCAACAAUAGCUCAGAUUGCAUCGUUGAUGACAAUUUUAAAUACACCCUGUAUGGGUGCAUGUUUAGCAUGGUGUUUGUACUUGGACUGAUAGCAAACUGUGUUGCCUUAUAUAUCUUUGGCUGCACCUUAAAGGUGCGGAAUGAGACAACAACAUACAUGAUAAAUUUGGCAAUAUCGGACCUUCUGUUUGUAUUCACGCUGCCAUUCAGGAUUUUCUACUUUGUGGCUAGAAACUGGCCUUUUGGAGAUAUACUGUGCAAGAUAUCCGUCACUCUGUUUUAUACAAAUAUGUAUGGAAGCAUCCUGUUUCUGACUUGCAUUAGUGUCGAUCGGUUUUUGGCCAUUGUCUACCCUUUUCAGUCAAGAACUAUCAGGACGAAAAAAAAUGCAAAAAUUGUAUGUCUGGCAGUGUGGCUCACUGUGAUAGCAGGGAGUGCACCAGCAAGUUUCUUUCGUUCUACUAAUACAAGCACAAGCAAUAAUACAGAAACCUGCUUUGAGAACUUCUCCAGCGACACAUGGAAAACAUACUUAUCUAAGAUUGUUAUCUUCAUUGAAAUAGUGGGGUUCUUUAUACCCCUCAUUCUCAACGUGUUCUGUUCAACAAUGGUUUUAAAGACUCUGAAAAGGCCGAUCACUUUAAGCAGGAGCAAAUUGAACAAAAAGAAGGUGUUGAAGAUGAUUGUCGUUCACUUGAUGAUCUUUUGUUUUUGCUUCAUUCCAUAUAAUAUAAACCUGGUGCUCUAUUCACUCAUGAGGACUCAAUCUUUCAGCAACUGCUCAGUAAAGGCAGCAGUAAGGACUAUGUACCCCAUCACAUUAUGCAUAGCUGUGUCCAACUGUUGCUUUGACCCUAUUGUUUACUACUUUACAUCGGAAACUAUUCAGAAUUCAAUUAAAAAACGCAACAGACCAAGUAGGAAAGAUUCACGGUAUUCAGACACUUUUGUUACUGAAAAUUUUAUCCAGCAUAACCUACAGUCACUCAAGGCUAAAAUAUUUGACAAUGAAUCUACAAUAUGAUGGGUGUGCUGCUUAUGGCUUGGCGUAAAAAAUGGUUGCAAAUGAAUCUUAACAUUUAAAAUGUGAAUGCUGUAAUGUUUACCCCUACUGAUACAAAAACUUGUGUAAAGAGCAUGGGGAGAACUGGAAUGUGGUGAUAAAAAUUAAUAUUAGUGUUCUGGCAAUCUGUGGAGUAAAAUCUUGGAUUAUAGAGAAAUAUAGAGAAGCAAUACCAAAAUGCAGGGCACUGCCCCCCCUACCCAGUUGCCAAGAACUGCAACUCCCAGUAUCUAACACCUGCAGCAGGUCUGAAUGCUGGGAAAUGCAUCUCUUUGUUAGAUUUGCUCUAUUCAUACAAAUAAAAAGUAACUCUUAGUAUUAAUGGGUAUUUGGUGAACAAAAUGUCACCUUUUUCCAAGGAGUUGUAUUUACAUUUUUGUAUGAAAAAAAGUAAUUCCAGCUGAUGAGAGAGAGAGAGAGAGAGAGAGAGAGUGAGAGAGAGAGUGUGUGUGUGUGUGUCAUAUGUCUCCUUUACCUUCACUUUCAAAAUGAUUCCACUAUAUCUGGCAUAACAUGUAACUUCACUAUAUUUCUAAUUCCAGCCUUGGCUAUGUGUUUAUUUAUGGCUGCUGUAUGCGUGAAAUACUGUAAGUGGGUUUAUUUUUGGGAGGCACAAAGGUUUCCAAAGAGUACGAGCCGAAUUAAUUUUGAAUUUCCUUCUUAUAGAAGGCGCACUACCAAAGUAUAUUACUGAAACUAAAAUGUUAAAUAUGCUCUUCAUGAACACUGCAAAUAUAUAGCUAACUAUUGUGCUCUGUAAGGACACUUUUUUAAAACCAUAUGAAUGUAAAUGAAAGCAAAUAUUUUUAUAAAGUUGGCACUUUAUCUGAGAUGCAUGGGUCAACUUUUUUUAUGCUAUUAAAAUAUUGACAUUGUGAA